CGGCCAGCUCAGACGCAGCCAUGGCGGAGGCGGCUUUGGACGCCGUGAGGAGGGAGUUACGAGAAUUCCCGGCCGCUGCAAGGGGCAAGGUGGGGGUAGGAAGGCAGCAGAAUAGUAGUGAUCUCCUUCCUUAGUGAGAGGAUCUCUUGAGGCCAGGAGUUCAAGACCAGCCUGGGCAACAUAGUGAGACACCAUCAUGUGUGGUGGCAUGUGCCUGUAGUCCCACCUGUUCAGGAGGCUGAGGCAAGAGGAUUGCUUGAGUCUGGUAGUUUUGAUGACAGUGGCGGCAGUCGAGUGGAUGCUGUCAUCAUGCUGGCUGCAGUGGGGAGGCACGAGUCGGGCAGCAGAAGCGACUCUGGGAGUGGCAGUGGUAGUAGUGAGUCCCCUGUUCCCUGCAUCCCUGAGGCAGCCGACUGCACCACCCCCACCCUCACACAGCUGGGCAGGACCUGCUCUUAAGCCCAGACCCUCUGCUGCAGCCUCAACCUCGCUCCCCGCCAUAUCCCAGAAGCCCACGAGCACCCUGCCAAAGGUGCAGCCGGGACUUGUAGGGCCAGCCCCAGGACCAUCAGGCUUAUUUGUGUGGGGUGGUCGGGGCUGCCGUGCCAUCUGCACCUUGCCCGCUGCCACUGUGGGGAAAAUGCAAAGAGGAGGUGCAGCUGGGCCGCAUGCUCCACAGAGCUGGCAGGAACUGGAGACAAGUGGGAGCCCCACUCCUUCCAAGUGGUGGAAUGGGAGCUCCCUAGGCACAAUUGCAACCACCCAAGCCAGGGCUGCAACUCAGGUACCCCUGUGCUCUUGGGAGCCAGGAGCAGGCAGAAGCCCCACCCUCCUGGCUGCAGCUGCAGCUGCAGCUGUGGGGCCAGGCAUCUCUGCACUCUUGGGGGCCCAGGAAGGCCCCUUUCUGCUGACACAGGCUCGGAAGUGCCUGAUCCUGCUGUCUGGCUUUCCCCACUGUCAGCACCUGAUCUGAUCAUGGAGCAAAGUUGAGGCCGAACCUGGGUGCUGCUGCGGCUUGGCUGGGUGUGUGAAUGCUCUGGGCAGUGCUGACACACCAGCCCCCUGCCACCUUGGCCCCCUCCGGCCUUUGGGUGCCAACGAGCAUGGGAGGGAAGCCAAGAGGGGCUGAGGGCAGCUCAGUGCUGGCCUGCAGGCACCCCUUGGCACAAACAGCCUGGGUGCCAUGAAUGGUGGCAAGAGGCAGAUGGGUCCCGGGUGAAGCCUGACCUUCAAGCCAGGGAAGGCCUGAAGCCUGGGGGCUGGGCUGCGGGUCCCAUGGACUGGAAUGGGAAAUUUUGAUGCUUUUUCUGGCCCACCUGUGGCUGCCCAUGGACCAAUAGGCAUGUACUUCCUCCCCUCUGAGGGCCAUAAAAAGCCCCUGACUCAGCCAGACCAGAAGAGACAAUGGGACGACCAGCUGCAAGAAGGAGCUGCCCUCUCUGCUGAGAGCUGGAGAGACUCGGCAACCUGCCCACAGACAGGAGCCACUCUAGCCAGGGAAGCAAGCAGGCAAGCCAGCUCUUUCUUUUCCAGUACUCCUGGGCCCAGUGGGGUCUUCUCACUCAGUUACAAUUUUUGAUCUAAGAACAUUCACUUUCCAACUGAUUGCAAAGUAAAGGUGACUGGCAUGGUGUGGCCACGAGAGAUGCAGCAUAAGCUCAGAGGUGAACAUCAGUGCCGGGACCAUUUGGAGCAGGAUGUAACCACCAAAUGGAGACCAAGGCCUUCUGGCUCGACCUAGAGCGCGAAUGUAGCAAAGCGAAGCCCUGCAGAGGAGCCAUCCUCUCUGCUGAGCGCUGAACACUCGUGGGGAUACCUUGGCUGCGGAGAGGAGCUGCCCACUGUGGGUCUCCUCUGAGCUGUUCUAUGGCUCAGUAAAGCUCCUCUUUGUCUUGUUAACCCUCUACUUGUCUGUAUGUACUUCAUUCUUCCUGGAUGCAGGACAAGAACUGGGGACGUGCUGAAUGGCGGGGCUAAAAGAGCUGUGACAUGAAGAGGGCUGAACCAUGCGUCUUGCUCGCCACAUGGUGGGUGACAAGAAGGAAAGAAGAGCUGCAGCCCUUUGGGGAGCCCAGACCCAGGAGCUCCCCAAGCUGGGGUUCUGACAUCCUCUUUAGGGCUCUGCGGUUCCUGGUAUCUCCAAGCUUCCAAGCACCACCAUGUUUCCUAGUGUCAGCUGUGGAAGCUACUUAUGGUAUACUUGGUCUAACUGCAGCCUUGCAGGAAACCAGCGCCCAUGUUGGCACCUGGAGCUGCCUGUCCCACCGCAGCCCACAUACCUGGCUGUGCACAGUGGCCAGACUCCACACUCAUUGGCUCACACACACCUCGUCGCCCCACUCGCCCUUGGCAGGUGUGGGAUACAGGUUGGUGGCAUGAGCCGAGCACAGCCUGCAGGGAUGAGUGGGCCCAAUGGGCCUGAGCAAAACGGGCAAAGGCAUCACUGGCCACAGAGGUUUCCAGCUGGCAAAGCAACACCCCAAAGGUCCGGUGACAGUUUGCGGCUGUGGUGAGCCAUUAUUGCAUCACUGCACUUCAGCCUGGGCAACAGAGCAAGAUGCUGUCUCAAAAGAAUCUCAGCGAGUACAACAGGGAGAUGUACUGAGCCUCAGACCACCGUCUCCCAAGAGCUCAGCGUGCCUCUUGCUGUGCCGUACCUGGACAAGCCCCCAACUCCACUCCACUUCUACCGGGACUGGGUCUGCCCCAGCAGGCCGUGCAUCAUCCGCAACGCUCUGCAGCACUGGCCGGCCCUCCAGAAGUGGUCCCUCCCCUAUUUCAGAGCCACAGUGGGGUCCACGGAGGUGAGCGUGGCCGUGACCCCAGACGGUUACGCGGAUGCCGUGAGAGGGGACCGCUUCGUGAUGCCAGCUGAACGCCGCGUGCCCCUGAGCUUCGUGCUGGAUGUGCUGGAGGGCCGGGCCCAGCACCCCGGGGUCCUCUACGUGCAGAAGCAGUGCUCCAACCUGCCCACCGAGCUGCCCCAGCUGCUGCCUGACCUGGAAUCCCAUGUGCCCUGGGCCUCAGAAGCCCUGGGAAAGAUGCCCGAUGCUGUGAACUUCUGGCUAGGGGAGGCGGCUGCGGUGACUUCUUGUAGGUGUCGGGAAUACAAAGGCCGUCUUGGGGUGCAGGGCUCUCAGCAUGAUGGUUUGCCGCCUUCUGUGCCCCUGCCCUCCAUACCCUGCCCCCGGGCCUUCUUUAUGUUGGCAGUGCACAAGGACCCCUAUGAGAACCUCUACUGCGUGGUCUCAGGAGAGAAGCAUUUCCUGUUACAUCCGCCCAGCGACCGGCCCUUCAUCCCCUAUGAGCUGUACACGCCGGCAACCUACCAGCUAACCGAAGAGGGCACCUUUAAGGUGGUGGAUGAAGAGGCCACGGAGAAGGUGCCCUGGAUCCCACUGGACCCCUUGGCGCCAGACCUAGCCCGGUACCCCAGUUACAGUCAGGCUCAGGCCCUUCGCUGUACAGUGCGGGCCGGUGAGAUGCUCUAUCUGCCGGCUCUGUGGUUCCACCACGUCCAGCAGUCCCAGGGCUGCAUUGCAGGUAAGGAGUUGCCCAGGCUGCCCGGAGACAGGCCCUGCCAAGAUCCAGCAGGGCCUCUAGGGGGAGGCUUGGGAGGCUCCAGGUCAGAAGAGCGACCUUCAUACUCAGAUCCCCAUUCUUCCCACAGUGAAUUUCUGGUAUGACAUGGAAUACGACCUCAAGUAUAGUUACUUCCAGCUGCUCGACUCCCUCACCAAGGCUUCAGGCCUUGACUGAUGGAGCACUGGUG